AUGUCAAGCGAGUCGUCCGUCUCCCAACCCGUCAAGAACGUGGUUGUUGAUACUGCUGCACUUCCGGCUUCCUCUUCUUCUUCCGUAUGGGAUCGCGUCUCGAAAUGGGUGUCGGAGAAUAAGGCUUUGGUGUACACCAUUGCCGGUGUUGCAGUGGUCGUGACCAGCGCCGGAGUCGUCUACUACCUUUCCGAUUCGGGCCGGUCAACCCCAGCUCCCCCGCCCACAGAGAAGAAGAAGAGCAAGAACCAGCGUCGGAAAGAGAAGAAGAAGGCAGAGGAGGAAAAGAAGGCCAAGGCUGCCUCGGUCCAGGACGAACAACCCGCGAAAAAGUCCGCAGAGUCUGCGGAGGAGAUUCCCGAGGUCGAUGAAGCGACCGUUGGCCAGCUGGAUGAGGAGACCCGGAAAUCCUACGCUGCCAAGCUGAAGGCCGCCGGUAACAAAGCCUACGGCUCCAAAGACUACAACAAGGCCAUUGAGCUCUACGGAAAGGCCAUCCUGUGCAAGCCCGACCCCGUUUUCUAUUCGAACCGCGCCGCGUGCUACAACGUCCUGUCGGAAUGGGAGAAGGUUGUUGAGGACACGACUGCUGCCCUUGCCAUGGACAGCGAGUAUGUCAAGGCCUUGAACCGCAGAGCGAUCGCGUAUGAGCACAUGGAGAAGUUCAGCGAAGCGCUUCUGGACUUCACCGCCAGCUGCAUCAUCGAUGGCUUCUCCAACGAGGUCAGCCGCAACGCUCUCGAGCGUCUCUUGAAGAAGGUCGCCGAGCGCAAGGCCAAGGCGAUCCUCGAGGCCAAGGGCAAGAAGCUCCCCAGCCCUACCUUCGUGUCCAACUACCUCCAGAGCUUCCGUCCCCAGGCUCUCCCCGAGGGCCUCGAAGAAUCCGCCGACAUCAGUGAGGAGUCUGGAAAGGGUCAGCUGCGCAAGGGUCUGAUCGAAAUGGCCAAGAAGACUGGGGAUGGCUACGAGGCUGCUGCCGCUGCUUUCGAGAAGUCCCUGGAGCUCGGCGAUCUGGGCGAUUUUGAAGCGCUGGCUCUCAACAUGAGAGCUACUUUCACUUACCUCGAGGGUAACGCCCAGGCUGCUCUGGCUGACCUGAACAAGAGCGUUGAGCUCCAGCCCUCCUUGGUCCAGAGCUACAUCAAGCGUGCUAGCUUGCACCUUGAGCUCGGUAACAAGGAUGCCGCUGGAGACGACUUCGAGCUCGCCAUCUCUCACAACAAGGAUGACCCCGACAUCUACUACCACCGCGCCCAGCUUCACUUCAUCCUCGGUGAAUUUGCCGAAGCCGCCAAGGACUACCAGAAGUCGAUCGAUCUCGACCGUUCCUUCAUCUUCUCUCACAUCCAGCUGGGUGUGACGCAAUACAAGAUGGGCUCUGUGGCCUCCGCCAUGGCCACCUUCAGACGUUCUGUGAAGAAUUUCGAGGACGUCCCUGAUGUGUACAACUACUAUGGUGAACUGCUCCUCGACCAGUCCAACUUCGCCGAGGCCAUCGAGAAGUUCGACAAGGCUGUGGAGAUGGAGAAGCAGAGCAAGCCCAUGGGUAUCAACGUUCUGCCCCUCAUCAACAAGGCCCUCGCCCUCUUCCAGUGGAAGCACGACUUCCAAGAGGCCGAGAACCUGUGCCAGAAAGCCCUGAUCAUCGAUCCCGAGUGUGAUAUUGCUGUGGGUACCAUGGCUCAGCUUCUCCUCCAGCAGGGCAAGGUCUCCCAGGCGCUCAAGUACUUCGAGCGUGCCGCCGAACUUGCCCGUACGGAGGCCGAGAUCGUCAACGCCAUCUCCUAUGCCGAAGCCACCCGGACGCAGCUUGAGGUGCAGGAGAAAUACCCCCAGCUUGCUGCCCGUCUGACGGCUAUGGGCGCUGGCCUCGGCGGCCCCCCUGGUCUGUAA